CAAUAAGAGGGUUGAGUGGUUCUAGUAAAUAUUUAUAUUGCAUUAUGAUAGCCAAAGCGUGAGAGUGAAAGAGAGAGAGGCAGAGAGGGAGAGUUAUAGAGCGACCACCCCUUUAUUAAUAUUAUUCCACACCGCUAAGUUUAGCAUUCAACACGUGUCGCCAGUGAUGGAGAGAGAGAGUGAGGGAGGGAUAGAGAGAGAGGUUGAUGGUUGCUAGGUGACCAGGCGCAUAUACUGAAUUUUAACAAAAGAACAGGGAAAGAGAGAGAGAGAGAGAAAGAGAGAGAGGGGAGAGAGGGAGGGAGAGAGGUAGAGAGAGAGAUCUAAAAAUUGAAUACAUGUAGAAUAUAUAUUUAGAUAUAUAUUUUCAGGGGGGAAACACGCAAACGGAUACCUCAAAAGGGAAGGAUGUGAAAAGAAUGGAGGGACGAAGGGAGCGAGGGGGGAAAGGCUCAUGAAAAACAGCACCCUCUCUUAGAGCGCUUUACAGCUUCGCCCUCCCCCCACCCCCCUCCGCCCCCCUCCCCCCUCCACGGUUGAUUGAUCUAUUGCAAUGGUCGCCAUACCCACCCUCUCUCUCCUAUUGGCCCUGGCGGAGUGGGCAGGACCAGUCACGCCCUCCCCACACCUCUUGCUCCGCCCCCGGGAGCGGGAGAGAGACCCGGGGACAAUAAUGAACUUCAACAUCGCUGUGAUCCACGCGGGGGCCAGCGUGCAGGUAGAGGCGGCGGCCGGGCCCGGGGGAAGGGUGCUCUACCCUGGGUUUGGUCGGGCACACAGCUCCCUGGGGGAGAGCGUGAUCACCCAGUGGGGCUCUGCUAACGUCAUCUGGCUCCAGGUGAAUGACAGUAGUCCUAAGACUCUGCUGUCCCAACUGUGUGACCUGCUGGCAGCGAGGCCCCUACAGGGCCUGGUCUACGAGGAGGAGAGGCCACCACCCACCGCCUGGGGACCCCUGGCCCCCAUGUUAGAGUUUGUCUCUGCCCAGACUGGACUACCCAUAGUGGCUGUAGGAGGAGGAGCAGGGCUGGGGAGGAUGCAACAGGAGUCAGGCUCCAUCUUCCUCCAGUUCAGCUCAUCCACCAGCCUCCAGCUGGAGGUCAUCUUCAAAAUACUAGAGGAGUACGACUGGACCACCUUCUCAGUGGUGUCCACCCGUCACCAUGGCUACCAGGACUUCCUGUCGGUGGUGGACGGCCUGACGGACGGCUCGUUCAUCGGCUGGGAGAAGAAGAGCGUGGUCAUGCUGAACGUGACGGACGACCCGGGAGGGGCACGCACGCGCAGGCUGCUCAAGGAGAACGAGGCGCAGGUACGUCUGCUCUACUGUUCCCAGGAGGAGGCCGAGCUGGUGUUUAAAGCAGCCUGGGCCGCGGGUCAGGCUGGACCCUCUCACAUGUGGUUCGCUGUGGGGCCAGCCCUGUCCGGCCUUGGCAUGGAGGGUCUCCCCAGGGCCCUGUUCGCCGUGCGUCCGCAGGGCUGGAAGGACAAGCCCCGCAUGAGGAUCGCCCGGGGCGUGUCCAUACUGACCCACGGGGCGGUGGCACUGCGCCGCGACUAUGGGGCCUCCGGAGGGCCAAACUUUGUCACCAACUGCAUGACGGAAUCCAAUCAAACACACAGGGUGCGGGGCAGGAUGAGGUAUUUCAGCAACAUCACGUUGGGUGGCAGAGACUACUCUUUCGACAGUGACGGUUACCUGGCCAACCCCGUCCUAGAAGUAAUCUCCUAUACACCUGGCAAAGGCUGGGAGGAUGUAGGGAUGUGGGAAAAUGGUAAGUUGGAUUUGGUUUAUCCAGCGUGGUCGCGUUACGGUCCAUUCCUCCAACCGCCUGAUGGCGCCCAGCACCUGCGCGUGGUCACUCUGGAGGAACGUCCGUUUGUCAUCGUGGAGCUGGCUGACGCCGCCUCCAACACCUGCAUCAGAGACUCUGUACCCUGCCGACGACCCCUGAACGCCAGUAUUCCUGUCCAGGAUCCCCCAAAGAAACAGUGCUGUAAGGGCUUCUGCAUCGACAUCCUCAAACGAUUGGCCAAAAUCGUGGGUUUCACCUAUGACCUCUACCUGGUGACCAAUGGAAAGCACGGGAAGAAGAUUGAUGGAGUGUGGAACGGCAUGAUUGGAGAGGUGGUGGGACAGCGAGCAGAUAUGGCCAUCGGAUCCCUCACCAUCAACGAGGAGAGGUCAGAGGUCGUGGACUUUUCCGUCCCCUUCGUGGAGACGGGCAUCAGCGUCAUGGUCUCCCGUAGCAACGGAACCGUCUCACCCUCUGCCUUCCUGGAGCCCUACAGUCCAGCGGUGUGGGUGAUGAUGUUCGUCAUGUGCCUGACCGUGGUGGCUGUGACCGUCUUCAUAUUUGAGUUCUUCAGUCCAGUCGGCUACAACCGCAGCCUUUCCAGCGGAAAGAAGGCAGGAGGCUCUACAUUCACCAUAGGAAAGUCUGUGUGGUUGCUGUGGGCCAUUGUGUUCAAUAACUCAGUCCCAGUGGAGAACCCCAGAGGAACCACCAGUAAGAUCAUGGUGCUGAUCUGGGCCUUCUUCGCGGUCAUCUUCCUGGCUUCCUACACAGCCAACCUGGCUGCCUUCAUGAUCCAGGAGGAGUACAUAGACACUGUCUCUGGACUCUCAGACAAAAAGUUCCAGCACCCCACAGAGCAGUACCCCCCUCUGAAGUUUGGCACGGUGCCCAAUGGAAGUACAGAGAAGAACAUCCGCAGUAACUACCCUGGCAUGCACCAUUACAUGGUCAAAUAUAACCAGAGAGGGGUGGAGGACGCCAUUAACAACCUCAAGACUGGGAAGUUGGAUGCCUUUAUCUACGAUGCAGCUGUGUUGAACUACAUGGCCAGGAAAGACGAGGGUUGUAAGGUGAUGACCAUAGGCUCUGGGAAGGUAUUUGCCACCACAGGCUACGGUAUCGCCCUGCACAAGAACUCCCGCUGGAAACGCCCCCUCGACCUGGCCCUGCUGCAGCUGGUGGGAGACGAUGAGAUUGAGAUGCUGGAGCGUCUGUGGCUGUCUGGUAUCUGUCACAAUGAUAAGAUUGAGGUGAUGAGCAGUAAGCUGGACAUAGACAACAUGGCAGGUGUCUUCUACAUGUUGCUGGUGGCUAUGGGGCUCAGUCUGCUGGUAUUUGCCUGGGAGCACCUGGUCUACUGGAGGCUCAGACACUGCAUGGCUACCAGCUCCGGGAGACUGGACUUCCUACUGGCCAUCAGUAGGGGCAUGUACAGUUGUUGUAGCUUUGAGGAUGAAACCACGCCGGGCGGGGCCAAAUCCUCCAUGGCUAUGCUCCCCCACCAUCAUGGCACCAUGGUAACAGUCCCGCCCCCGCCACACUUGGUCAGUGCGUCGUCAACCAACCCGGCCCUGACCAUGGCGCAGCAGCAACAGUCACAGCCCGUCUACAAAACACAGAUGCCUGGAUCCCCUCCCACCGUGGUGCAUUCUGGGACGGCGCUGGGGCCCUCCAACACUCCCAUGCUGGGGGCGCCCCUGCCUUGCUCCACAUUCCUCCCCCGGCCUGAUCGCAGACUGGCCGUGGUGGACCGCUGGAGGCUGCCCAAGGCCGGGACCGCCACCAACCCCAUGGCCGUCCGCGGGGCCGUCGCAGACAUGGGGCCCUUCCCCCAGAAAGUGGCUCCAACCUGGGGCACGACAGCUGGAGGAGUGGGGGUUGGUGGUGGUGGUGGUGGUGGGGGGCUGGAUGGAUAUAAACGCUACUAUGGACCCAUCGACCCUGAGGGUCUGGGGCCCUGUAUGGACCAGCCUGCAGGGUCCCAGACCCCCAAAACAGCCCCCAGGAGCCACCCUCAACCCCCUCCCGCCACUGUGGCCUUCUACUCAGAGAAAGGUCCUGACCAGGGGGUGGGGAAGAGGGUGGUGGGAGGUGGUGGUGCUGGGUGUCAGGGGAAGGGAGGGGUCAAACCUUUGGGGACGCCUCGGCUGCCUCCUAAAAGCCAAGCCGUGGGCGUGACCCCAGUCCCUCUGCCCACUAACCCCCCGCUGCCACAACCCUCCCCCCCUCUCCCCUCAUCCUUUUGGAGGAAGCGCCGGCCCAAGAAGCCCAAAGAGCCAGGCGGGCCUCUGUACGAGAACAUCCUACCGCUGGGGCGCAGGGGAGGAGGAAGGGAUGGAGCGAGGGAUGGUGGAGGGAGGAGGGGACGCCCCCUCUCUCCUCCUCUCCCACUCUCAGUAACCGUGCCCAUGUCCCCCACCUACACUCCCCCUUCCCCCUCCACCUCACUCCCCUACACCAGCUCAACUUCCUCCUCUUCCUCUAACACAUCGUCCACCUCUUCCUCUACCUCCUCCUCUCGCUCCUCCUCUCCUUCCUCCUCCUCCUCCUUGACCUCUCAGAGCACGCGGGAAGGUUUGGACGCAGAGGACGAUGAUGAGGAUGAGGAGCUGACCGAGGAGUCCAGUCUUCUCCUGGGGAGGGGGAGGGACAGACAGCGUUCAAUUAUCUCCUCUCGCUCCCUCAGUCAUGGGCGCCAGCCACCACCUAUACCACCCCGAAAACCACGCCCUGCCCGAGGGGAGAGAAACAGGGAGAGGGAGAGGGAGAGAGGAGGUAGCCAGUUGGCCCAGUUACAGGAGUGGUGGGCGGGCUGGGGUGAUAGAGAGAGGGAUCGCAGUGGAGGAGGAGAUGACGAGAGGAAACGAGAGAAGAAGAGGAGGAAAGAUAAAGAGAAGAAGAAAAAGAAGAAGAAGAGGAAAAAGAGGGAGGAGAGGGAACGAGAGCGAGACAAAGAGAGGAAGAGACGGAAGGUGAAAAAGAAGAGGAAGAAGAAGGCGCUGAAGACGAAGAAGAGGAAGAAAUCGACUGGGCGUUCCGAGCAAGAAGAGGGGGAAGUGGAGGCAGAUAGGGAGGGAGUGGGGGAUGGAGGGAGAGAAGGAGGGAAGCAAGACUACUCUUCCUUUCCAAACCAGUAUCGUAGUACGUUUGGGGAGAAAGGGAGAGAGUCAGCAUGGGCAGGAGAGAGGGAGCGAGGAAGGAGGGAGGGAGAAGAGGAAGAGGGGGGUGAUAGAGAGGAGGAUAGCAGCAGGAGCAGGGAGAGGCGGCCCAAAUCAUCCCGUUCCCACUCCAGACAUCGACCCCCCAGUAAGCUCUACCCCAAACUCCCCGCCUCAGUCAAGUUCUGGGUGAGUGGAGGAAAUGGGGAAGGGGGGGACCCCAACUCUGGAACACACCCCUCCUCCCUGCCUCCCCUCAUCCCACUCUCCAAGAGGCGGAGGAGUGAAGGGGUGGAGAGAAGGGAGGGAGGGAGAGAAGGAGAGAAGAGGCCUCUGUUGAUGCACUAUGAGAAAGACAGGGCUAACACCCGGGAGGGGCUCUCCUUCCAUGAGUGGGACUCUGAGGAGGAUGAUGAGGAAGAUGUGGGGGAGGAGAGGCAGAGAGACAGAGCGAGGGAACGGGUGGAGGAGAGGGUGAGGAGGGCGGGUGGGAGAGGUGCUGUGUCAGAGUCAGAAAGAGACAGGGCGAGAGCAGAGGAGAGUUACUCUGAUGAGGGCUCAUCAGGGGAGUUUGGGCGAUUUGAGAGGUACUGGGAGGGGAGGGAGGGGAGGGAGGGGAGUGGGGGGGCUGGAGGACCAGGGAAUAGUGGGAUAGGGGGGAUAGGGGGAGGGAGCUGGUUUUUCGGCACAUACCCCUCCAGAGAGAAAGGGGGCAGCAUCAACAGCAGAGACGACUCUAUACUAGGGCGAGUGGAGGGCUGGGGGGGGGUGGGGGGAGAUUCUUGGGGUUCAGGGCCAGGAGUAGGGUGGGCAUCAGGGGGAGGGAGUGGAGGACUGGGGUCCCAGUGGCCCCCUCCUCCAGCAAACCUCCCACCCCCCCGACGGUACUGGUCUGUGGACAAACUCCCAAUGAAGGGAGAGAAGAAGUGGAAAAGGGGAGGAAGGGGGAAGGGCAAGGGACGCGCACGAGACAGGAACCAGGGGUCUGGGGUGUCAGGUUCAUGUAGUCAGUACCCCCACCCCCAUGUGCACCCGCACCCCCAAGGGCGGUCACACGGCCAUGGGAAGAGAGGAAGCACGGCCCUGUCCCACAGCCAGGAGGAGCUGCUCCCCCACUGCCACAGCUUCAGCGGGGGCUCACGGCCCAAACCCCCUCCCAAACCAGACCAGGGCCAGGCCAAGUCAGGCAGCCAGGCCAGUCUCAGCACACAGCAGCCAGGAGUGUUAGUGGACCACCCCCCUCAGCCCUCCCUCUCGCCCCCUCAACCCCAACCUAGUGUCCCUUCCUCAUCCUCCUCCCUGCCGGUGCCCAUCCCUCCUCCUCCCUCCUCGUCCUCUGCCUCGGCCAGUGCUAAGCUCCUGUACCAGAGACUACGGUCAGUACCUCAGCCCGGACGCUUCUACUCCCCCCACCUGCCACUCAAGGCCAAGAGCCUAUGCUCCCGACGAGGCUCCGCCCAUUUCUCCAGCCUGGAGAGCGAGGUAUGA